UCUGAGAGCAGGGGGUCCGUGCUCCUGAGGAUGGAGGGCGGUCUGCCGGUUUCCAGCAUGCAAGAGCCUGCGUCCCGCCCGCAGAAGCCGCGGAGCUCAGCUAACGGGAAUGGAGAUCUCGAUUCAGAAGAGGGUUCGAGCGUGGAGGAAAUCGGCUUUAACUGGGGAGAGUACUUGGAAGAAACUGGGGCCAGUGCGGCUCCUCACGCAUCGUUCAGACACGUUGAAAUCAGCAUCCAGAGCAACUUCCAGCCAGGGAUGAAGUUGGAGGUGGCCAAUAAGAACAACCCGGACACCUACUGGGUGGCCACCGUCAUCACCACCUGCGGGCAGCUGCUGCUUCUGCGCUACUGUGGCUAUGGCGAGGACCGCCGGGCGGACUUCUGGUGUGACGUGGUGAUAGCCGACUUGCACCCUGUGGGGUGGUGCACGCAAAACAACAAGGCGCUGAUGCCCCCGGACGCGAUCAAAGAGAAGUACACAGACUGGACGGAGUUUCUCAUCCGUGACUUGACCGGGUCCCGGACGGCGCCCGCCAACCUGCUGGAAGGUCCUCUGCGAGGGAAAGGCCCCAUAGACCUCAUUACAGUUGAUUCCUUACUAGAACUUCAGGAUUCUCAGAGUCCUUUUCAGUACUGGAUAGUUAGUGUGAUUGGAAAUGUUGGAGGAAGAUUACGCCUUCGCUAUGUGGGAUUGGAGGACACUGAAUCCUAUGACCAGUGGUUGUUUUACUUGGAUUACAGACUUCGACCAGUUGGUUGGUGUCAAGAGAAUAAAUACAGAAUGGACCCACCUUCAGAAAUCUAUCCUUUGAAGAUGGCCUCUGAAUGGAAAUGUGCUCUGGAAAAAUCCCUUAUUGAUGCUGCAGAGUUUCCUCUUCCGGUGGAAGUGUUUAAGGAUCAUGCAGAUUUGCGAAGCCAUUUCUUCACAGUUGGGAUGAAGCUCGAAACAGUGAACUUGAGCGAGCCCUUUUCUAUCUGUCCUGCAUCAGUGACCAAGGUUUUUAACAAUCAUUUUUUUCAAGUGACUAUUGACGACCUGAGACGAGAACCUAGCAAACUCUCAAUGCUCUGCCACGCGGAUUCCUUGGGGAUUUUGCCCGUGCAAUGGUGCCUUAAAAACGGAGUCAAUCUCACGCCUCCCAAAGGCUACCCUGGUCCGGACUUUGACUGGGCAGAUUAUCACAAGCAGCAUGGAACAGAAGAAGCACCUCCCUUCUGCUUCAAAAACACGUCAUUCAGUCGGGGUUUCACAAAGAACAUGAAACUGGAAGCCGUGAACCCCAGGAAUCCAGGAGAACUCUGCGUGGCCUCUGUCGUCAGCGUGAAGGGGAGGCUGAUGUGGCUUCGCCUGGAAGGCCUGCAGACUCCCGCUCCGGAGUUUAUUGUUGACGUCGAAUCCAUGGACAUCUUCCCAGUGGGCUGGUGUGAGGCGAAUUCUUACCCGUUGACCACACCGCACAAAACGGUCUCACAAAAGAAGAGAAAGAUUGCAGUUGUACAACCAGAAAAACAGUUGCCAUCCACAGUGCCUGAUGAGAAUAUACCUCAUGAUCUUUACUUACUCCCUCACUUGGACAACACAGGUACUGUCAAUGGGAAGUACUGCUGCCCUCAGCUGUUCAUCAAUCACAGGUGUUUCUCAGGCCCCUACCUGAACAAGGGGAGGAUCGCAGAGCUGCCUCAGUCGGUGGGGCCAGGCAAAUGUGUACUGGUGCUCAAAGAGGUUCUUAGCAUGAUAAUCAAUGCAGCUUACAAGCCUGGAAGGGUCUUGAGAGAACUGCAACUGGUGGAAGAUCCACAGUGGAAUUUUCAGGAAGAGACACUGAAGGCAAAGUACAGAGGCAAAACGUACAGGGCUGUGGCCAAGAUUGUACGCACGUCUGACCAGGUAGCAGACUUUUGCCGACGGGUUUGUGCCAAGCUGGAGUGCUGUCCAAACUUGUUCAGUCCUGUGCUGGUUUCUGAAAACUGCCCAGAAAACUGCUCCGUUCAUACCAAAACCAAAUACACCUAUUACUACGGGAAGAGAAAGAAGAUCAUUAAGCCCCCAAUCGGGGAAAGCAAUGUUGAGAGCGGAUACCCGAAACCAGCCAGGCGUCGGAAACGGCGAAAAUCCAUUUUUGUGCAGAAGAAACGGAGGUCUUCUGCUGCAGACUUUGCUGCAGGCUCAGGGGAGGAGAGUGAGGAGGAGGAAGCGGAUGCCGUGGACGAUGACACAGCGAGCGAGGAGACCGGCUCCGAGCUCCGGGAUGACCAGACGGACACCUCUUCGGCCGAGGUCCCCUCCGCCCGGCCCCGGAGGGCUGUCACCCUGAGGAGCAGCUCCGAGCCUGAGCGCCGCCCACCUGUGGACAGGGCACGACGGGGCCGUCGCGUGCAGGCCACCUCCUGUGCCGUGGGCGACAAGGGCCCGGCAGCCGGCCAGGACACGGCAGAGGAAAUAAAGCAGGAGGAGGAGGGGAGACUGGUUCUGGAGAGCAACCCGCUGGAGUGGACGGUGACUGACGUGGUGAGGUUCAUUAAACUGACGGACUGCGCCCCCUUGGCCAAAAUAUUUCAGGAACAGGACAUCGAUGGGCAGGCGCUCCUACUGCUGACACUUCCCACCGUGCAGGAGUGCAUGGAGCUGAAGCUGGGGCCCGCCAUCAAGCUGUGCCAUCAGAUCGAGAGAGUUAAAGUGGCUUUCUAUGCCCAGUAUGCCAACUGAUUCUACCUUCAGGGGAUGUGGCCCAUUGUGUUGGUGAUGCCGUGUCUUGGGAAGGUUUUCGGGACUGGAACUUUUAUUUUUCUGGGUUAUGAGAGAUGGUUCAUAUACUGUUACUGAAAAGCAAGAAGCGUGAAGGACCUCCUUCACUUUCAUCCACCAGCCUGUUUCAUAGUUUCAUGUUUUAAAGCUCAUGCCAGGACCACAGCAGUGGCCUCUGGAGAGUGUAAAUUAAAGUUCUGUGUCAGACCUGUGGGUCAUGGAAGAGCUUUUUUGUACAUCCAUAGCUCACCUUUCUCCCACCCCAAACCAGGCAGCUGCCUUUGAACAAGGUCCUUCACCACAGCCCACAUGUCCUCGAAAACUAAGGUGCAAUUCGUGUCUGUCUUUUUCAGUGUGACCAAAGAGGGUGCCUAUCGUUUUUGCUCUACUCAUCCUCAGACGCAUUUAUAGAUGCUUCUUUCAUAUCGAGACACGUGUGGCUGUCACCACAGUUUGAGCCGAUCUUGGUGAUAACUCAUUUCUCAAACAUGUAGCCGAUGUUUCAGGAUGCAGUUAUAAAAAGAUGGGCUAAACCUGCAUCACCUGUCAGAGGUGCCUUUUAAGCAGCAUGGGGCGUGAAGGAAGGCGGCGUGGCAUUGCGGGGAGAGUUUUCCUGAGCGAUGGGCAUCUGGAAAGUCUGUAGAGAGGACUUCUAUUCUACUCUUGUGGAACCUCAAAUAUCGCUAACACUCUAAUUUAAUUGUGAUCAGACUGGGGAGGGACUCCUUUCGUCUCUUGGGAAAUGCUGAGUCGUAUGUUGAAGGGAAAGCUUAGUUUCAGAGAGCAGGAACAAGAGACUUGAGGGAAGCAUUUUACAAAGCAGCCACAUCCCUUAGCAGGAUCCCUGCGCAGGCUCCAGAGAGAGUCCCUCUGAGUGCCUCGCAUUCGGGGCAGCCCUGGCACACUCGUUACGACAGGCACGAGGAGCCACGCACCCCCAGCAGAUGCAGCUGAGCGAGCGCUGAACCUGGAGUCAGCCCUGGUCCUUAACCUGGCAUGGCUAAUUACUAACUCCGUGGUCUUGGGUGACUGAGUCGCUCUGGACCUUGUUCUUGCAAAGUGACAGGUUGGAGCACUUGUGAGUGGA